AUAUUUUGAAAAUUCAUUUCGCGCCCUCCACUCCAACGAAAUGGUCGAAAUCCAAAACAAUAAAAUCCAAAACUAAAAUGCACUGAAGCACCCGACAACCGUUAACAAACCGACGAACUGUAAAUAAUUGUACAAAUAAAUGUAACAAAUGCAACAAAUAAUAUAAAAAUAAAUAAUCAAGAAGGCGUCUGUAUGCCGCCAAGUUGAAAGUUGAUUGUGCCUCCGAUAUACCAUAGAAUGGGCCUCAAUUAUCCAUAGAUUGCGCCUUACGUUCCAAUGGAUUGUUGUGCCGCGCCAUUUGUUUGAUCGAUUUUGUGUGUGCGAAGAAGGCACCUUGUGAAGGAAUUUUUUCAUGUGAAAUAUAAGUGAACAAAUACGAGUAUAGUUCCCAUAGUGCGAGGGUCAGCAACGACAACAAAUACAAAAAAAGUGUGCUACCAAUCAACCCUCUCUCUGGAAGCCAACCCCCCAAGGAAAACCGACAAGCACUUCCUUCAUUUUUUUAACCAACUUUUGUUACGUUUUUCUUACGUGCCGAUGACUAAUUGCGUUUAUAUAGCCCGACUAUAUAAAGACUGUACAAUAAGACAAGGCCGAAACCGCAGAGCAACCCCUUAGCCAACGACAAGAACAAACAAUUUUCAUUUCAAAGUGCUGGAAAUUGCUUCGCUUUCAAGUGAAGUUUGUGAGAUUUUCAUAGCAGAAAGAACAUUUGAGUUUUCGUUACGUUUUUUACUUUGUUUGUUUGGUAUUGCACGAUAAACUCGAUAGGAAUUCGAGCAAUCAAAAGUGAACUGCAUUCGAAGUAGAGCAAAACGAUAAAAACAGCAUCAUUCAGAUGCAGUUGCUGCAUCAGGUGCUGCAGCUGCCACAGGAGUUUGCUGCAUAAUUAGCAUUCGAAACGGAACACAGAUACACAGUGCCAGACGCAAGACACAAGAUACAAGAUACAGCCGCUGCAAAAUGUAUCUCAUACAGACUGUUCAGACCACUUGGCGGCCACAAUUGCCGCUGCCCAAGGAGCUGCAGCUAACGGAUGAACGGCACAGCGACACGAAAGUGAUAUCCACCAAAGCGGACAUCCACUAUCCCCAGAACUACGACGAGAACUAUCAUCAGGCAGUAGCAGCAGCAGCCGCAGCCGAGGAGGAGGAGGAGCAGGAGCAGAUGGAUCGAUUGAGGGGCCAUCAGGGGGGGAGUAUAGGAGGCUCCUCCCAGCAGUUGUCCCACAAACAGAAAUGGUCCUUCGGCCGUCUGUUUCGAGGCAAGAAAAAGGAUGCCGCGGAGUGUAGUCCAUCGUCCAGUGAGGAGGAUCGCAAGGCCGGCUUUGUGCCCUCGCAACGACAGGCGCCAGGCAGUGGAAAGCCCAAGGGAAAGCCAGGGAAAUCCUCUUCCUCGAGGGGCAGCAGCAGGUACGAGGAGCAGGCGCCGCCGCCACCACCCCCACAUCGCCCCCAGUCCAUAGACCAUGAGUUUUUCCUGCCUGUGGAAACGAUACAGCAACAGCCGGAGCCGUACUACCAAAAUCAACCGGGGCCCGGAUAUUACCAUCGAUCGAUGAGUAACUCCUUGGACAGACGCGGGCUCAUGCAACAGCAGCACCCCCACCCACACGGCCACACCCAAAUGGGGGGCAAGUCCCGCUCUGCCCAAAGGAAGCCCCCGGGGGCCCAUCACUCCAGUGCGGAGGAGGAGCUGAUCUCAUUGAACUCUUCGACCUUCUCCAAGUACCGCAGCGACGAGAGCAUCCACAGUGGGGGGCAGGCCCUGAUGCAGGGCUCCUCGCUGCAGUCCCAGUCCCAGUCGCAGGCGCAGGCGCAGAACAGUCGCCGCAGUCGAGCGGCGCGCAACGAACGCUACUACAAACGCCUCUCACGCGACGGAGAGCAGAGCCAUGGCGGCGUGCCGCCGCUGCCCAAUCCCCAACGCUACAAGACGCAGCCCCUGCCGCUGUCCAUCUACCAGCCGAAUGCCGCCUAUGUCCAGUGGCAGCCGCAGCAGAAGCCACUGCAGAAUACCAUCCAGAACGAUGGCAAGCGCAGCAUCAGCUACGACAGUCACAUCCAUUUGCAGAAUGUGAAUGGCAGGAUGCAGAGCAAGCCCCUGCCGCCGCCUCCGCCACCCAGAGAUCCACUGAGGCGUGUGCAUGCCGUGGGCUCCAGCUCGGGGGAUCUGCGACCCGUUUCCUACGCCUUCGACCACAGCGGCCGGUGCGUCUCCGACGAUAGGAUAUGGCAGCCGGCGCCGCACUAUCAAUCCGUGCAUUCACUGAACUCCCAGCCCAGCUCCUCGAUAGCCAGUGCUCCGCCGAGCCAGCAGCCGCAGCAGUCGCAGCAGCAGCCGCAGCACCAUCGGCGGUUCAUCACCCGUUCGGAGAGGAAUGCGCAUCCUGGCAAGCAGUCCCUGCCAAAUGGCAUUGAUUUUCACUAUGUGGCAGACGCCACUCCGCGCUCUCGCAAGCCCAUACACAUGAUGGAGGCGGAGAAGCAGGAGACACCGCCCUCCAGUGGGAUACUGAGGACCUCGAAGAGUGGUCUGCCCACAGCAGCGGCGGCACCGCAGCCCAUCAUGAAGCCCCGCUCCAUUUCCAGCUCCCGAUUGAGCGAACUGCGUGGAGGAUAUCCCAUGCCCAUGUAUUCGGAGGUGCUGAAACCGAAGAGAACGCCGCCUACGGCACCCGCAAGCAAUGCCCUGCACGAUCAGGACAAUGUGGUGUGUGGCAGUCUUCAGAUCAAACCAAACUAUGUGGAAAUCCGGCAUCGGGAUGUCCAAAAGACCAACUCCAUGCCGCAUCAUUAUCAGCGCAGGUCUGGCGAGGAUUUGCCCAACAAAUACGAGGAAUAUGUGGCCGAGAAGCGGGAGCAGCACCAGCAGGCGCCACCGCCCGUCUACCCCGAACGAAAGCAGAGCCUGCCCGCGGUGCCGCCACUGUAUUUCCCACGGAAGAAGCCAGCCAAUUUGGAGGAGGCCAUCAAUGAGCUGGAGGCCAUUUACAAGAGUCUGGGACUCACGGAGCCCCAGGAACCCAAGGCAGAGGUGACCCCGACGAUGCCAGAGAUGAUGCCGGAGACUGCUGCCCCGCCAAAGAUGCGGGUACCGACGCCCAGUGACUUCGAGAAGUUCGCCCUGGCCCAUGCGGAUGAGUACGACGAUGAGGACUCGCCGACGGGAGAGCCAGAUCUUGUGAGGGAUGAUGUGGCGUACAGGAAUCUGCAGUUGGCGAAUCUUCAGCAUCGUUCGUCCGAGAGGCAGCCGCCAUUUGGCAUACCCGUGGGUCCCAUUGUGCCGGCCCCCCAAUCGGAUUAUCUGCACGUGGAGCCCAUACGAGUGAUCAAGAAGAAGAAGAGCACCUCCCCGGACAUCGUGAAGGACGAUCUGGCAGUGCGGGCCCUGCGCAAGGAUCCCCCAGGACCCAAAUCGAGCUUCCACUAUCCCAUGCAAAAGAAACAGCGGGCCACAAGGACACAGUCUGCAAAUAUCUACAAUCUGAUCCAUCGAGAUGCAGCGAAACCGUCUGGCGGGGAUCUCAGGAGCUACAUGGAGCUCACGAAGAGCAUUGAACGGGCGGGCAGCAUGUCGAACCUUCAGGCCGAGGCCACCAAUGACAUACCAGCCACACUGGACCUCCUGCGGAAGCUCAAGGCCCAGGACGAGGAGAUGGAAGCGGUUCAGAAGAAGGCGCACGCCAUACCCUUUCGUCAUCCCAGUCAGGGCGGAGCCAUUGCCCAUCUGCCAGAGCGCUUGAAUACCAAGGAAGAACCCCCCAAGGCACCGCCUGUGGCGGCGCCCAGGAAGAGCCUGACGCCCGAACCCCUUCUAGAGGAUGCCCUGAACAAGAUCGCGCAGGAUGCCCAGGCGAGCAGCAUCAAAUUGAGCCAGGAACUCCAUGAGCUGCGCCGAGAGGCACUGAUUACAGCCGCCCGACCCAAACUCAAUGCCGAGCAACAGAAACUCGAAGACGAACUGCAAGAGAUCGACGCCGUGUCCAAGGCGGCCAAGAGAUGCGGCCAGAUGCUGCUGGACAACCUGCCCGAUGCGGGACAAGAGGAGGAGUAUCAGAUGCAGCCCCAAAGGAAACUCCACAAAGAGGGAAAACUCAUACGCGCCAUCGAUGAGGUCUCCGAGGCGGCCAAUGCCGUCUGCGAGAAGAUCUUGAAGGAUAUUGUCACGACAGAGCCGCCCGUGAUAGUCCACGAGGCACGGCAGGUGAAGCAGCCCACGGGCGGAGCCACAGGAGGAGCCCAGGCGGAGCACCUGGUGAUGCCCACUCUCAUCAAGAAACUGGAUCCCAUUCAAUCGGAGAAGAUGGAGCACAUCGCCCGCCGUUGCAUGCGACAACUGAGCGAGCUGGCCGAGGCCCAACCGGACUACGAUAAUCUGCCGGCUGCCUGUAAUAUAAACGCUGCACCGGCUACCGACGCUGCUGCGGCUGAUGCCACUCUCAUUUCUACCGUUCCAGAGACGCUCGAGGAGAUUGACAAAAUAAUGCAGGAGUGCGAGCGUCAGGCGAAGGGGAGCACGGCCACAGCCACAGGAUCAGGAUCAACCACCGAUGACCAGCGCACCACUGCCCCCAGCAUCACGAGUGGCAGCCACAGCCACAGUGGAGGAGGCAGCAGCUGUCCACCAAAUGUGAGCACCACAGCGAGCUCCUUCAGCAGCAGCAGCGACUGCCUGGCCAAAUCAUCGAGUCCCUCGAACGCCAGCCGCCUGCUGUCCUCGAGCAUUACCUCCUUCAAUCCGUACUCCUCGAGCGACUACAUCAAGUCGCAGAGCAGCGACUACCAUGCACCCAGCACCGAUCCCAUCAAGACAUUCAGCACCACAUCGUACGAUGUGCAGUCCACCACAGCGAAUAACACCACCAAUAGCACCAUGAGCACCACCAGUAACACGAAUACGAUCAGCAGUUGCACCACAAACCCACGGGAGACAAAUCCAGAGACGACCGCCUCGUGCUCUGUGUCGCCACAGCCGCUGCAGCUGACGCCCGUGCGAGGCACCUCCUCAUCGCCAUCGCAGUACAACUCCAGCGAAGAGCUGGCUGCCAUUUUUGGCAUCGAAGAGCAGCCCAAGCAACGGAAGCAGCGACAGCAUCAGCAGCAUCACACAGAAACCAUUGCGGCCUCAAGUGACUUAUCCACAGCCUCAGCCACUGCCAAAACUAGCUGCCACAGGCCACAAGAAGAGUCGCAGACCUCGCCAACUGCGGCGACCAAAGAAAGAACCUCUGAGGACUCCAGUGGCGCCUCCAAGUCGGGUGGAUACCGGGGACAGCACCCGCACUUUCAUCAUCACACAACGCCCGCAUACUACACGGAUCUGCAGCUCAAGAUCCACACGCCACAGGCCACGGAUGUGGGUGCCUUGAACGAGAACUAUCAGAGUGUGUAUGCCACGCCCAGCUGCAACACCCAGCUGGUGGAGCAGCGUAGAUCCUUCCCCAAGAGCGCAACAGCCACGGCAACGGCAACGGCCACACGUGCCACGUUUUUUCGUGGCGACGCUGCAUCGACACAAGACGCCACAAGACGCCGUCAGCGGCCGGGCAGCGAGGGCAGUCGCUACUUCAAAUUCUCUGCAGGAUCUGUGAGCCCUACAAAAGGUGAAGAAACGAGCAGCCAUCCACCCUUGACCUCGAGUCAGUCCCCAUCAAUCAUCAGCAAGCCCACACGCACCACCAAUAGAAAUAGUUGUAGUACCGCCGCCAAUAGCCAUCCUCCCGUAGAGACAGCUAGUCCUGGUAGUCCCGGUAGCCCCGGUAGCCCCGGUAGCCCCGCUCCUGGUCCUGCCCCAGCCGUAGUGAAUGCCGCAAGUGGAGGUCGCAACAGUCGCCACAAGCAGCGGUUCCAUCAGCGUUCGAAGCGGGCGGUGCGCGUGCGCAGCGAGUCCCGUCCCAUCAGCGCCCUAUACGAUAUAAUAUGCAAGGAGAAGAAUCAGGACGAAGGGGACAGCACCACCAGCAGCAGCAGCAGCAGCAGCAGCGGCCACAGCAGCAGCAACGAGAAGGAGAAGGGGAAAGAGAAGGAAAAGGAAAAGGAGAAAGAGAAGGUGAAGGUGAAGAAGGAGCCACAGGAGGACCGGGACCCAACAACCGACAAGCUGGCGACCUUUUGGCCUCUGCAUCAUCGCGUCCAUACUCCCCCAGCACCAAUGCAGAAGGAGCUGCCUCCGGGCGGUGCCGCCCCUGCCCCUGGCACUAGUCUCAUGCCCAGGCGUGGCGGCGGCAUGCAGCCGGACAGCAGCAGCAGCGCGGACUCGUUCCACGCCCUGCACUCUAGUCACAAGUUCACGAAUCUGGUAGCCGACCCUGCCGCCGCCGCCGUCGCCGCCAAGGCCGCCUCGCUGCCGCCUCAGGGGAUGGAGGCGCCGGCACAGCCACAUACCGCCCGAUGCGUGGCACCGCCGCAUCACUACCAUCGUUCGGCCAAGAGCCUGGAGCCCUCGGCCAAGACGACAGCACCACCCCCAUCGGCGGAUGUCAGGAACUACGAUGCGGGCAGACCCGUCAGCACUGACCGCCUGUUCGUGGCGCCCCCAAAGGUCCCAGUGCAGGCAGUGAAGGACUUCAAGCGCCGCUUGAUCAAUCAGGGAGAUGGACGUGAGGAUGGCGACGCCUCCGAGGCGCAGCAAUUCGACCAGGGCGAGGUCUUUGAUACCCUCGCACGCUGGCAGAAGGAGCUGACGUCUGCCAGCGACAAGAUUCAGCUGGUGAAUGGUGCCGCAGCCACAGCCACGGCCACAGCCACAGCCACGGCCACGGCCAAUGGCCAUCACCACGAGCUCGAUCAUCCACUCCAUCUAGAUCACGAUCACCAGUCGAACGUCCAUCACCAAUCAUUGCCAUCAGUAGAACCGCCAGUGACCCCCAAGCAUCAGCAUCAGUUGUCUCCUCAACACCAGCACCAGGCCACCAAUGCACGAAGAUUCAUAACGCGCACCACACGCUCCCACAGUCGCCAGGGAUCCACUGGUGGCCAUCACUCAUCGCCACCGCCACCGUUGCCGCUGCUAUCCUCCGCCUCCGCGGGCGCCAUCGGAACCACCGCCGCCGCUGGCUACCACAGCGACUCCUCCUACAGUUCGCCCUCUCCCACCAGGCGUCGGAACAAACCCUCGAUCGGAGCCCUGUCCACGGACCCGCAGUCCUCGGCGAAUGGCAAUAGUUCUGCUUAUGAAACGGCAGCCACCACUGUGAUGACACACGGACCAGCAGUGAAGGCGCCUCCUCCUCAGCAUCGUGAUCAGCAGCAGCAGCCGCCGCCGCCGCUUGCCCCCGUUGAAGUUCCUAAGGUGGAGCCCAAGCCUCAACCUACAACCGAGACGUCCAUCAUCGCCGCCACAGCCACAGCCCCAGCCCCAGCCACAGCCCCAGCAGUCGCAGUCGCAUCUGUCGGCAACUCAGCAGCAGCAGCAACAGCAACAACAAGCAGCAGCCGCAACAGCAGGGGAAAAGCUCCCACCAAAUGCAGCCUUAAUUGCGCCUACAUACACAACAACAACUGUAACUGCAACUGCAACUGCAACUGCCACUGCAGCAAAGGCCAGUGCCACAGCAACAGCAACAGCAACAACAACACUAAUCUGCAACUGCCACAGAAACGAGGCAACAACACCACGCCCAUGCCGCCCCUAGCUAAUGCCAACAAAGCGCCGUUAAUUGUGCUGAAAGCAGCGGCAGCGACAACAACGACAGGAGGAGGUGCCACAGCUGUUGCCCCCGCCUCCGCCUCCGCCUCUGCCACGAGUUCUCCGAUUAAACGUCGCAAGAAUCCCCCCACGAUUUCCCCUUUGAGCUUGGGCUUGGGCUUGGAGGCGGCCGGCGGCGGUGGCGGCAGCUGCUGCUCUUCGUCCACAUCCACAUCGCCCCAAUCCUCGCCAGCGGUGCGUCAAACCAAAGCCAGUCGCCUGCGUGCCGCAGCGCUCGACAAAAAGAAGGAAGAGGAGCACCAGCGCCAGCGCUAUAGUUCGCCCUGUUCCCCAAGGAACACGGGCGGUGCAGCAGCCGGUGGUCGCUCGCCAAGUCGUCGCCUCAGCAGCUCCGAGAUUUCACCAAAGUCUACCGUCAUCUGUGGCUUCAACUCGGAGCCAGCAGCGACUGGAGUGGCUGGAGCAGCAGGACAGUCCAAGCAGCGAUCCUCGUCCCAACCGGCGGACACGCCACCCACACAGCGAAAACAGAACCUGGUGGCCGUCGGCAGUGGCCUCUCCAUGAAGCAGAACCUCAGCGAACUGCACUUUACGGCCUCGUCCGAUUGCACCCUCAAGAUGCGGCCACGCAGCAGCACACUGUGCACCGAGCAGACGGACACGCAGAACGGGGCACGCGAUCAUCUGAAUCUGGCCAACUUGCAGCUGAGUCCCGUGCAAAAGCACAAGCGAACGCCGGAGAGCUCCCCCCGUCGUCUGGGAGAUCGCGAUAAGUCGGCGAAACGUAAAUCAAAUUUGAACCGUUCAUUGACAGAGGAAGCCACCAAGGAUGGCGAUGAGGCAGACGCCUCGAAUCGCCGCCGACGUCGUCGUGAACUGGGAAUGGCACGUCCUUUGGUCCCUGGAGAGGAUGACACCCUCAGGGAUCUGCUCUCCCAGUCGCCGGUGAAGAGCUCCUGCAGCGAAUCGACUGUGGCCUCGAGGUCGGAAUCCUUGCGUCCACCGCCGUGCCCCUACCCUGGACUGCGCCAUCCCGAGGUGGCUGUGCGCACGAUGACGGCUGUGUUGCCUGCGCCACGACCACUGCAUGCCCUGCAGCCGGCCGCGAAGACUGUUUCGCAGAAAUUCAAUGAGCGAACCCGUGCGGAUCUCGCGGAGAUUAAGAAGAUUGUGGAUCAAUCGGAGGAGGUGCAGCAGCCGCAGCAGCCACAGCAGCAGCCAGAGGAGAUGGCAAGCCAGAAAAUGUCUGCUGCAGCGAUUCUGCGACGCAAGAGCUCGGAUGAGGCAGGAGUCACAGGAGGAGCAGCGGCCACCGGUGCACAGAGCUCUCCGCCGGCACCAAACCAGAUUGUUUCCAUUCUCAAGAAAAAGGAACAGGCCUUUGGGGACUGCAACUCGAGUGCGUCGAGCAACGCCUCCCCAGUGACGUUCUCCUCGAGCGUGAUGGAUCCACCGCUGGCGGGGACCGCCCGCAGCAAGCGUCAGGGGAUCCUGAAGAAGCGCUCCAGCCUAGACGAGUCGCGCUACUACUCCCGGUCGCAUUCCCCGGAUGAGCGGAGCAUACUGAUCAAAUCCGCGAGGCGGAACUCCCUCGAGGAAGCAGGCACGGGACUGAGUCCCGCCCAGAGCCAUGGGAUCCUGAAGCAGAGCAGCUACGACAGCAGCAAGAGCGACGGCUGCCCCUCGGCUACGGAGAGUCAGCCCCAUAGCAUCCUGAAGAAGAAGGACUCGCUGUCGACGCCCUCGGACGGGGGCUGCCACAAGCAUGUGUCCAUCUCGCAGGCCGUGACACUGGCAGCCGCUGAACUGGCGGCCCAUCACGACGGCAGCUUCGGACUGGAGGAUGCAGUAGGGGAGGGCGAGUGGCAUGAAAUCAGACCCAUUCUGAAGCAGGAGAGCACCUCCAGCGAGGAGGCAGUUCGUCCCCCGAAGCCCAUACUGAAGAAGAAGUCGUUUGGGGAGGCGGAUGAGCACGAGGCGAUUCGACCCAUACUAAAGUCAUCCCGCAAGAGCAGUCGCGAGGAGUUCGAUCUGAGCGGCUUGGAUCACGACGGAGGCACCGAUUCGCCCAUUCAUCCCAUACUGAAAACCGAUUCGCCCUCCAAGCGGCGCUCCCUGGGCUCCUCCCACGACCAGGACUCCCCGAGCCUCCUAAAGCGUCGCACCCGCUCUCUGGAGCGCCAGGAUGCCCCGCCCGUCAUGGAUUUGGCUGCAGCACUCGAUGCCAUCUCCACAUCGCAGGCGGCAGCUGCUCCCGCCAGCAGCACCCCCGUCGACUUUGUCACCACUCCGGCGAGUAUAUCCGUGGCGGAGAGGAUUAAGCGCAUGGAGAUGCUCGCGACACCGACCUCCCGCCUGGCGGGUGGCAUCAACAGCAGCUGGGAGUCGCCGCUACAGCAAACACCAGAAGCUGAAGAGGGAUGCCCUGUCCCGCGCCUGCUGAAGCCCAGUGUCCUGCGAAGGGAUCUGCAGAGGGAGCGAUACAAAACGCAGCCGGUUACGAGCGAGGAGAAGAGCUUCUUUAAAGCCAACUCCACGUCCUUUGACAUCUCGUCGUCGGGCACGUCGGCCUUCAAGCCCACCAAGCCGCUGGACAUUCGCUUGGGCCACGCCCAACAGCAGCAGCCACUGAUAUCCCCGAUAACCGGACAACCACUGAGCCACGUGCCAGCACCACUGCUGCUCUCCUCAUCGACUAAUUCGGGGGCAGGAGCCUCGUUCCGUUUGGCCCGCAGCUCCACGCAGCCCCUGCAAUCUCCACGCGUCGUCCACUUGGCCGCACAGGGUGGUGCCACUGCGUCAGCCUCGUCACCAGUUCUGCUGGCACGCCAGCAUUCCAUCAACGACAGCGUCAAUCUCAGCGAACAGCUGACCCUCUCCGUGGGCACGGACAGUGAGCACAUCUUCGAGAUGUCCGGACUGGAGGAGGACUCGGCCAUACAGUCGCUGAGCGACGAAGUAUCCGCCUCCGCCUCUGCAUCCGCCUCUGCAUCUGCAUCUGCCACCGCAACCGCAACGCCAGCCAGUGGCUUGGCACGCAGCAACAGUGUUCGGGCCAGGGCCAAUAUGUUCCAGCAAUUGCAGCAGGAACAGUCGCGCAACCGUCGGAGUGAAGUAACAGCAGCAGCAUCAUCAUCCUCAUUGUCAUCAGGAGAUCAGUCAACGCCACGUGCAACGGGGGCCAACCAGCGACAGCCAUCGCCUGGAAACACCACCAAUCCUGUGGACAUAUCGCAGCCAAACGAUGAUCCAAUGUCGCCAAACAAUACACAAGAUGCAGAAUUUGGCAAACAACCCUCCGAACCAUUAAAGGGCAUCCUCAAGAGCAAGCCCCUGCCUGGGCCCAUGGGUCGUGGCCUCAUGCCCGUGGAUCUCAAUGCAGAGCUGAAGAAUCGCCUGAAACGCUCCACCCAUGCCACCGUCUCGAAUCUGCGCAAGUCGGCGACCACAGCAGAUGCCACACGUGGCGAUGAAGUGGACAAUCCGCAGAGGAAUCUCGCCCAGAUACUGCGGAAUGUGUCCAAGGAGAACGCCGCCACCACCACCGGUGCCCCAAAGCACGAUGAUGCCGUGAAUCUGGUGAGGAAUCUCGCCACACUGGGGCAGCCUCGGGCGGCCUCGGCUGGCGAGGAUGUGGCGGCCGGGAAUUGUGCCUCGGCAUCGGAGGGCGAGAGCUCUGGGGGUCGCGAAAUCGAGGCGAUUAUCAAGAACAGUGCUGUGGCACGUCGUCGUCGCCAGCAGCAGCAGCAGCAACAGCAGCAGCAGCAGCCACAGCCGCCAGAUGGCAAUCCCCUCAUUGCAAAAAGUAAAAGUCACUCGGGCAUAUCAGCAGCACCAGCAGCACCUCUGCCACCCAGCAUUGGUGGCGGCAUUGUUGGCCCCCAGUUGCCCCCAAUUGGCAGCGGUUUCGUCAAGUUGCGUCAUGUAGCAAAGGAGAACGAGGAGAGCCAGCAACAGCCCAGCACAUCGUCAGCGUCAGCGAAGGAAUCACCAGUGCAAUCGCACUCAUCGCUGCAAUCAGCGGCAGAUAAGCAACAGACGCCAGCGACAGCAGCGACAGAGAAGGAGCAAACAGAAGACCCAUCGAAUCCCACUGCGUUGCCCCAGUUUCUCCAAGGCGUGCGUCGCUCAUCGACCCAGGUCAUGGGCCCCGAUCAGCGCACACUCACCAAGACCACCUCCAUUAAGGAGCGUCUGGCUUCGCUGCAGAAGAGCGGCGAGGAUGACUGGAGGAAGCGCAUCUCGAAGCGCGACGAAGUCGACGAUAUACGCCGCGAAAACUUUGUAAACGAGUCGCUCUCUCUGGCCCACUCGCUGUCGGACAAGCCGCUGCCACCCUCGCCUCUGAUCCCCACCAGCCUCGAGGGCGGCAAGGUCUCCGAUCGCUUGGGCAAGCUCAAGUCCAACUCGGAGAACUGGAAGCAGCGCAUAGAGCAAACCGAUGCCAAGAAGUUCACAGUCGCUGGUCGACUGCAGAAGAAGGCCCAGUCGCCCGUGGAGCUGCAGUUCGAGCGUUCGACCAACGAUGCGGCCAAGAAGUGCCCCAUGCUGGAGGUGCGCAGCGCCAAUCAGCCGCAGCUCGGCCUGGCCAAGAGCCCCUCCAUGAUGGUGCCCGGCAGUGCCACCGCCACCGGCACCGCCGCGAGCAAUGCGAAGACCACGCUGCGCAGCCUCAGCGUCAAUCCCGAGGAGGAGAUCUCCACUUUGAGCCGCUCGAACAGCAGCAGCUCCGACUCGGAUGGGGAGCGCAGCUCCCCGCAGAAUGCCAAGCAGAACAAGGAGCUGGCCAACAACAAGAGCGCGGCGGCGCCCACUAAUGUGGGAUCGAGGAUUCAGGUGCCCCGGCUGGACGACAAGGAGACCUUCGAGAACUUCUUUGCCACGCAGCCCACAGCCGCACAACAGAAGGAGAGCGCGACGGAGGUGGAGAUCAGUGCCUUCGACGACAUAAAGCCCACAGAGCGUUUGGUGAGCAAACGACACGUGCAGGGACCCAAGGGUCGUCGUGCCGCGCGCAAUCCAAUCAAGAGUCUGGCGUCGCGCAGCGACAUCACGUCGGAGUACACGGAACUGCGCACAGGAGUGGCAGAGCGGGAGUUGCGGCGCCUCAAGCUGGAGUCAUUUGGACAGCAUGGAAACCUGGCUGCCGAAGCCAUUGCCGGACUGGCCUCCAUAGAGGACUUCAAGGCGGUGGCCUUGCGGUCAUCCUCGCUGCCACUGCAGCAGAUGUGGCUGCCCCACAAGCCGGUGAUGCUGCUACAUGUCAAGGGGCGCACCCAUGUGCAGACCCGCCUGGUGGCGCCCCUUCACACGUCGCUGAAUCGCGGCGAUUGCUUCAUUCUAGUCUCGGGCUCCCAGCUCUACCGCUAUGUGGGCUCCUUCGCGAACGUCAUUGAGAUCUCGCGCAGCAAGAAGAUCUGCGCUGCCAUCGUGGAGAACAAGGACCUGGGAUGUACGGCCAGCCAGGAGGUGAUCCUCACGGAUGGCAAGUACAUGAACGAGCGCCAGUGGCGCCAGUUCUGGACGCUGCUCGGCAAGCCGGAGGAGGAGCAGUACGAGAUUCCCGAGUGCGGCCAUGCGGACGAGGAUGAUGUGUUCGAGAGCAGUCUGAUCGAGACGAACAAGAUCUACGAGUUCCAGGACGAUGCCCUCAUCCCCCUGGACAAGUACUGGGGCUGCAUCCCGAAGGUGGACAUGCUGGACACCCGCAAGGUGCUCGUCUUUGACUUUGGCAGCGAGCUGUACGUGUGGAACGGCAAGAAUGCCUCGUCGGAUGCCAAGCGGGCAGCCAUGCGACUGGCCCAGGAGCACUUUGUGGCCAAGGAUUCGGCAGACUAUGCCCAGUGCUACCUGAAUCCCCUCAACUACGUCUCGAUUGUGGGUCGCCGGGAAAACACCACGUACGCCAAGCGUUGCGCCGAACGACCCGACUGGUGCGUACUCGGGAAGAUUACCCAGAACAUGGAGACGGCGCUGUUCAAGGAGAAGUUCAGCGACUGGCCGGAGCUGGAGCGGGAGGAUCUGGAGAAGGACUACCUGGCGAACGGCGUCCAUGUGGUGCAUGCCCUCAACGGAGCAGCCCUGCACAAGGGCGAGCCUUACCAGGAGCCCAAUCUGGUGCUGGAACAGUCGAACCUUGGCCGUGGCAACUUCUACUACGACAACGACACGAUGCGGCACUUCGAUGUCAUCACCAAGUCCACCGACAAGUGGCAGAUAAACGAGUUCAACUUCGAUGCGGCCAAUGCUCGCGAGGAUUACGGCCACUUCUACUCCGCCGAGAGCUACAUUGUCCGCUGGAUCUACCAGAUCUCGGUCACCGUGCGAGAGCUGAGCGGAAAGGUCUCCAACAGGAGCACCGUAGGUCGCGAUCGUUGCGUCUACUUCACAUGGCAGGGACAGGACUCGAGUGCCAAUGAGAAGGGUGCCGCCGCUCUCUUGACUGUGGAACUGGACAAGGAGAAGGGCUCCCAACUGCUGGUGGCCCAGGGAGACGAGGGCACGGCCUUCGUGCGUCUGUUCCGCCAGCUAUGGCAGCACCGCGGGCGCAAGGAACAGUGCCUGGAGAAACGCAACCAGUGGCGACUCUACCAACUGCAGGGCAAUGUCUCCGAGGAGACGCUGCUGAAGGAAGUGGACUGCCAGUCGCGACAGCUGCGAUCCCGCAGCUCCAUGCUUAUGAUCCACGGCAGCCAGGGACUCGUACUCGUCUGGCAUGGCGCGAAGAGCGCCCCACACUCGCGGAGUGUCGCUCUGGAGGCUGCCCACGAGGUAAUCAAGCAAAUGCCCAAGGAUCUGUUCAGUUGCGACAGUGCGGCCACCCUCGCAGAGCUGGAGGAAGGAGCCGAGAGCGAGGACUGCAAGAAGGCCUUGGGAUUAGGAGAGCAGCGCGCGGACUAUGGCAGCCUACUGGAGGCCACUAAAUCCUACGACUACCAGCUGAGGAUUUUUAACUUCUCCAGUACCCAGGGAGUGUUCAAAGCCUUGGAGCUGAGCGAUCCGUUGCGUUGCCAGGACAUGCACAGUCCGUAUCCGUUUAGCCAGGCCCAACUCUACAACGCCCGUCAGCCGACCAUCUUCCUGCUGGAUGAUGGCGAUGCGCUAUGGCUCUGGAUGGGAUGGUGGCCCCUUGAGGAUGUGAAGAUAAACACGGAUGAGAGGAGCAGCCCCACCAAUGACAAUCGGGCUGGUGUUAAUCGCUGGAUCUCAGAGAGACGCGCUGCCCUCGAGACGGCCGUCGACUAUUGGCGUGCAAAGCACGGCGAAAAUGUGAAGGAAGCUUUCCACGGCGUCAAGGGCCAGGUGGUGUGGGCCGGCUUGGAACCAUUGGCCUUCAGAGCCCUCUUUCCGGAAUGGAAUGAGCGUGCCGAUGUCAGGGAAAUCAAUGUAGAGGAUGGCCGUUCAGAUGAUACCAUCGAAAUCAGCACAAUGCUGGCACAAAUGACACAGACAGAGUAUCCUUUGGAGGUGCUCAAGGGGCGACCACUGCCCGAGGGAGUGGAGCCCACGCGGCUGGAGGUAUACUUGAAUGCCGAGGACUUCCAGGUGGCACUGGGCUGCAGCCGGGCGGAGUUCGAGCAGCUGCCCAUCUGGAAGCAGACCAAGCUGAAGAAGGAGCGGGGCCUGUUCUAGGAGAGAGGCACAAUGCAACCAUAUAGACUUGAACACAAUCACAAACCACACCCACACACACACUUUUCUAAGCACACUUUUGUAUGCGGCGAUGCUUUUGCAACGGGCACUGACAUAACUUACUAUAUACCAUAGUAUAUACAUACUAUAUCUAUACAAGUAUCAUAUACACACGUGCGCAUAUCCCUAUGUACUCUCUACUUUACACACACACUAUAUACGAUAUAUACUCGUACGAUUUAUAACCUUUUAUAUGUAUAUGCAAGCAGGCGACACUGCACGAUUAUUAUGCAAGUGCACGAUGCCAGGCAAUAAACUCCAAAUCGCUUCAUUCGACUACCAACCGUUCAGAGUCCAUCGAUUUUACCUGUACAUAAUAUUAAGUUGAUUUUUUUACAAUUAUGUAUUUUAUUUUACUGUACCUAUUAUUGUUUGAACGAUUUAACGAAAUUGCAUUUGUUCAAUCUCCGCAAAACACCAAAAAGAAAAAAGCAACGAGCUCUCGUUACUUCAUUGUUUAAAUUUCGAAAUCAUUUUAAUGCUAGCUUUAUUCUCCUAAUUUAAUAUCUAUGGCCUAUGUAUUUGUGUUUUUAUUAUGUUUAAAGCGAUUGCGUACGCUUAAUUAUUUUUUUUUAUUAAAUAACACUUAAAUAUUUAA